AUGGCUGACGCUGCAAAGAAAAAGAGCAGCAGUGGAGGUGGGAGCAGCGGAAGGGCUUUGGGAGUGCGUGUCCCCCCGGAGUCCCCUCUCAAAACUGGGGUGGUGUUGUCGGACGAGAGAGUCGACUUCCUUCGAGAGCUGGCCUUUUGUUUUCUGCGAGUGAAGACGGAUAAGUGGAACCGCUUCAUUGGUGCGGAGGAGAACCAGAAGAUUUUACUGGACUUUCUGGGCAACAUUUGGACCAACAGGCUGUUCUUCUCUACUGGACCUGGAGGAACUCUGCAUGCAGGAGAUGCAGAGACCCCCCCAUCAUGGAAGACGAAGAUUCUAUGCGUGCGAAAGAAAGGUGUGAAGAGAAUCGACCAUCGAGAGUUCAGGCACCAAUUCAGGCUGGGAGAAGUACCAAUGAAUCCCACGGAGUACAUUCCUGUGAUGAUCUCUGAGGUGUUGGUGUGUGUUUUGUCCAAAGAUCUAAACCAAAAGGACUGGCCGCCGGUGGUGUGUGAAGAUAUCCUCCGGCAUCUGGAGAGGCUGAGAAGAAAUGUUGUGACUCUGAGGGGACAGGCGGAAGGAAGAACACUGCUGCCCCUUCCUCUGUUUGUGGAGAGGGCGCAGCCUCAAGAGAUUGUACCUGGCUCAGCCAGAUGGCCGUUGGACCAUGGCUUGGUAUACUCCAUAGAAACUCUGAUAGUUCAAUGGUCUGGACAAAUCUGGAAUGUAUUAAAGAAAGACUCUGGUGCGCUGCUGCUCCAGGGCGACCACCCUGGACCCAAUGUGGAGCUCCAGUUCUGGGCGACUCAGAGGGAAAACCUGCUCGGUAUUCAGUCACAAAUCCAGAGCUCCAAAGUGCAGCGUAUCAUGGAAAUCCUGGAAAGAGCCAAAAGCAGCUACUAUCUCGCCUUUAAGGACAUCUGCGUCAAAGUCAAUGAGGCUGUGCUGGAAGCAGAGGACAUAGAUCUGUAUCUGCGCCCUCUGAGAAGACUCAUCAGCAACUUGGAAGAGAAGAGUUUUCCAAAGGUGGACACACUGCUUCCUCCGCUGUUUCACACUCUGUGCCUCAUCUGGACUCAUUCUCAGUACUACUGUACUCCACGACGCAUGGUUGUUCUCCUGCAGGAGUUUUGCAAUCUAAUCAUUGAAAAGGUCUUUGCAUAUCUCAUCCCUGAGCAACUUUUUAAGAUGGAGAUCGAGGAGGGGAUGGAGAGGGUACAGAUCUGCAUCUCAGUUAUGCGUACCUUCAAGGAGCUCUUUCAUAUUUACCGUCAGAAGAUACCAAGUUACUACAAGGAAGGCCAGACCGUUAAGUCAUGGGACUUUUCAGAGACACUUGUGUUCAAGCGCUUAGAUGGAAUCAUUGAAAGACUUCAAAUGAUUGAGGAAGUCUUUGCUACCGCACUGGACUUUCUGCAGCUGGAGAAACUUGAACUUGGUGAAACUAGAGGAGGAAUCUUAAGCGAGAUGGUUUACAGCAUGAAUGAAGAAUUCCAUGACCAAUGGCGAACCCUAAGAGAAAGCAAAUAUAAUCCCUUUGAUUACACGAAUGAUCUGCAGGCAGACAGUGCAGUUUUGGGGAAAAACAUGCCUAAGGUGGCAGGCAACCUCAAAUGGUCACAGGAGCUUCGGAGUCGCAUUCUGCAGAACAGGAACAACCUCUGCCAGAUGGCCCAUUUGCCUCUUGAAUGUGCACAGGCUGACAAUGUGCUCCAGAAGUAUGACCAUCUUCUGGAGAGGUUGAAGCAGCAUGAUGAGGAGCUGUUUACAGAAUGGACAGAGGGGGUGGAGGAGAUCUGUGAAAAGCACCUACAGGAGCCACUGUUGACCCUGGACACAGACAUGGGCCUAUACCAAGUCAACUUCAGUUUUGCUUACACACAGACACUUUUCUUGGUGACCGAGUGGUACAACAAACUCCACAACACACUCAUUGCUGCAGAGCUGGGACUCAUGAAAGAUGAGAUGGCUGGGAUAACACAACAGCUUAGUCCAGCCCUUCGGGAAUUGACCUGGGCUCAAGAUGACCUUUGGGACUACAUUAAGAGCACAUGUGAACUAGUCAAGAGCUUCUCUAGUCGUAUCUAUAAGAGUAAGGCUAAUGUGGAAGCCAUCCAAGCCCUUAUGGGCCAAUUCAGUAACCGGGCCUUUCUCACCAGAAAAAGCCCUGAUUCUCCUCUGUUCGUCUUCUCUGAAAUUGAUGAGAGUGUUUCCAAGCAGCAUGCUCUCAUCAGGAGUUCAGGGCAGCAGAUACAUAAACUGCUCCAGGAGAAUCAGUCUCUGCUCAGUGUGAGGGAUCUACAAAGCAGUGAGUGGCAGGCCUACACAGAAUAUGUGGACCUGAUGAUCAUUGGCGGCUUCUCCAGUGCGGUGCGCUGCUCCCUGCUGUACCUCAUAAACAACACAGAUGCAGCCGAGUGCACAGAACCACUGUUUGAGCUCCAACUGAAACUCAAGAACAAUGAGAUGACCUUUAGUCCUUCGCUGGACUUGAGCCACAGCGGGAACUUCUAUGAGGUUGUGGAUAAAAUGGUCACCAACAUCACAAACAUGGCAUCACUCAUUCCAAGAGUGGCAGAUCACAAAAGCCUGGAAAACUACCAGAGGGACAUAGAUGAAAUGGAGGAUCUGUCCGAGAUGUGUCGCAUUGUCCGCUCACGGGCACAAGAAGCAGUAGCUAAGGUCAAGGAGUUCCAAGCUUCCUUUUCAAGCUAUCGCUUUCUUUGGACUGAUGACAGGUCAGAGUUUAUGAGGCAAUUUCUUCUAUAUGGCCAUGUUUUAAGUACAGAGGAAGCAGAGCUGUACGCUGACUUUGAACUGAAAAAGAAUCCUCCCACACUAGACAACUUUAAGGAGCAAAUCAAUCAGUUUGAGUCUCUGUACACUCGAGUGAGCAAGAUGGAAGACAAGAGGGUGUUUUGCGGCUGGCUACAGUUGGACAUCCAACCCUUUAAGCACAAUUUGAUGAAUGACAUCAAGAAGUGGAGCUGGAUGUUCAAAGAGCACCUUCUCAACCAUGUUAACAAAAGCGUCGCAGAGUUUUCCAGUUUCAUCGAUGUCACAGCAGAGGGUCUUUCUACAAAUGUUUCGGAUGCAGAUUAUGCAGGACUUGUGAAGAUUAUGGGCCAUCUCAGGGCCAUUCGAGACAGAAAGAUUAGCAGUGAUCGACACUUCAAACCACUCAAAUCCACUGCUGAGCUCCUCAAAACUUAUGGACAGCAACUUCCAGAUAAUGUUUACACACAGCUAGAAGAACUGCCGGAAAAAUGGAUAAACCUGAAAAAAAUCGCCUUCACCGUCAAACAUGAAGUGGCGCCACUGCAGUCCAAUGAGGUUUCAGUUAUCCGCAGGAUGUGCAUCCACUUUGAGGUCAAGCAGCAUGAGUUCAGAGAAAAAUUCCGCUCUGAAUCAAUAUUUAAGCUUAGUGUUGAGGAACCAUAUGAACGGAUAGAUAAGUGCAAUCAGUCGAUACUACUGAUGGAGAUGGAGAUGAAGAAGCUGCAGAACACAGCUGAUCUGUUUGAGGUCAGCUUCCCUGAGUACAAGCAGCUGCGGCAGUGUCGCUCUGACAUCAUACUUGUAAAAAAUGUCUGGGACAUGAUCAUCUUCGUGAAGACAAGCAUCGAGGACUGGACCAAGACUCCAUGGAAGGAGAUCAAUGUUGAGCAGAUGGACAUGGAGCUUCGACGGUUUGCCAAAGAAAUGAAGUUGCUGGAUAAAGAAGCUCGGGCUUGGGAUGUUUAUACGGGCCUGGAGUCAACUGUAAAAAACCUGUUAACUUCUCUGAGAGCCGUCAACGAGCUUCAAAACCCAGCCAUUAGGGAGAGACACUGGCAACAACUUAUGACUAAAACAAAGGUGAGGUUUGUCAUGGGAGACAACACCACCCUGGGCGACCUACUGGAGUUACAGCUUCACCACGUGGAGGAUGAGGUCAAAAACAUAGUCGACAAAGCUGUGAAAGAAAUGGCUAUUGAAAAGGUUUUGGCAGAGAUAACCCAAACCUGGAGUGUGAUGUCGCUUUCAUAUGAGAAUCACAGCAGCACUGGAAUACCACUGCUAAAACCAGACGAGACUCUAAUUGAGACCCUGGAGGAUAAUCAGCUGCAGCUGCAGAACAUCCUGAUGAGCAAGUACGUGGAAUUUUUCCAGGCAGAAGUCAGUGGAUGGCAGCGGAAGCUGAUGCUGGCUGAUUUGGUCAUUGCGUCCUGGAUGUCUGUCCAGAGGAACUGGGCCCACCUUAACAGUAUCUUCACCAACAGCCAUGACAUCCGCUCCCAGCUGGCGCACGACGCUGAACAAUUUCAAGGAAUACACUCUGACUUCCAGACUUUGAUGACUGAGGUGGUGAAGAACAGUAACGUGGUAGAAGUUACAAACCAACCUGGCUUCCAGGAAAGCCUGGAAACCUUACAGCAGAGGCUGUUGUUGUGUGAGAAGGCCCUCUCUGAGUAUCUGGAAAUCAAGAGGCUCACCUUCCCCAGAUUUUAUUUUGUAUCCUCUUCAGACCUGCUGGAGAUCAUCUCCAAAGGAGCACAACCAAGACAGGUGACCAGACAUUUGUUGAAGCUGUUUGACAAUAUAGCAGAUCUUCGCUUCAAGGACUCUGAGGAGAGCAGAGGACCUGAGGAGGAUGGAGCAGCAGUUGCCAUAGGGAUGUACAGCCGUGAAAGAGAAUAUGUUUCUUUCUCUGAGCCGUGUGUUUGUGAGGGACAGGCAGAGUGUUGGCUGAGUGCCUUAGAGAGCACAAUGCGCAGUACAGUUCAAAAGGAGAUACAGGAAGCUGUGGCUGCAUAUGAAGACAAACCGCGGGAUCAGUGGCUCUUUGACUACCCUGCACAGGUGGGGCUAACAGGUAGUCAGGUGUGGUGGGCCACAGAUGUGGGCAUCGCUUUUGCAAGAAUGGAGGAAGGAUUCGACUCAGCUCUCAAAGACUACAAUAAAAAGCAGAUCACACAGCUGAACUCUCUAAUCCACAUGCUGGUGGGGGAUUUAACUCCUGGAGACAGGCAGAAAAUUAUGACAAUCUGCACCAUCGAUGUCCACGCCCGGGAUGUUGUCGCCAGUCUGAUCACACAAAAGGUGACAAAUGGACAGGCGUUUGCAUGGCUGUCCCAGUUACGCCAUCGUUGGGAUGAAGAAACCAAACACUGUUAUGUCAACAUUUGUGACGCUCAGUUCCAGUUCAGCUAUGAAUACCUGGGGAACACUAACCGACUGGUCAUAACCCCACUCACUGACAGGUGCUACAUAACCCUGACUCAGUCCCUCCACCUGACUAUGAGUGGGGCUCCAUCAGGCCCAGCCGGCACCGGGAAAACUGAAACAACUAAAGACCUUGGACGUUCUCUAGGCAUCAUGGUAUAUGUAUUCAACUGCUCCGAACAAAUGGACUACAAGUCUAUAGGGAACAUUUACAAAGGGUUGGUUCAGACAGGAGUGUGGGGCUGCUUCGAUGAAUUCAACAGGAUCUCAGUAGACGUCCUUUCUGUGGUAGCGGUGCAGGUUAAGACAAUACAAGAUGCCGUAAGGAAUAAAAAACAGAGAUUUCAGUUUCUUGGAGAAGAAAUUGAACUGAAGCCGACAGUGGGAAUCUUCAUCACUUUGAAUCCAGGUUACGCUGGUAGAGCUGAACUCCCGGAGAACCUCAAGGCACUGUUCAGGCCCUGUGCAAUGGUGAUCCCAGACUUUAUGCUGAUUUGUGAAAUUAUGUUGGUGGCUGAAGGGUUCAUUGAUGCUCGUCUGCUGGCACGGAAGUUCAUCAGCCUCUACACUCUGUGUAAAGAGCUGCUGUCCAAACAGGAUCAUUAUGAUUGGGGUUUACGUGCCAUUAAAUCAGUCCUGGUUGUUGCUGGAUCCCUGAAGCGAGAAGAGCGUGGCAGACCUGAAGAACAGAUUCUGAUGCGGGCAUUGAGGGACUUCAACCUUCCAAAGAUUGUGACCAAUGAUGUGCCCAUAUUCCUUGGCCUGAUCAGUGACUUGUUUCCUCAGCUGGAAGUGCCUAGGAAAAGAAACCUGCUUCUAGAAAAUGCUGUCCGUGAGUCAGUCAAAGAGCUGCGCCUCCAGCCUGAGGAAAACUUCAUACUCAAGGUUACCCAGUUAGAGGAGCUGCUGGCUGUGAGACAUUCUGUGUUUGUAGUUGGCGGACCUGGCACUGGAAAGAGUCAGAUUUUAAAGACGCUACACAGGACUUAUGCAACCAUGAAGUUAAAGCCAGUGUGGACUGACAUUAACCCCAAAGCUGUGACCACAGAUGAGUUGUUUGGGUACCUGCAUCCUGCCACCAGAGAAUGGAAAGAUGGUCUGUUCUCCUCGACCAUGAGAGAGCUGACCUCCAUGGGCCACGAUGGUCCCAAAUGGAUUGUUCUGGAUGGGGAUAUUGACCCCAUGUGGAUUGAGUCUCUAAAUACAGUUAUGGAUGACAAUAAAGUCCUGACACUCGCCAGUAAUGAAAGAAUCAGUUUGUCUCCCUCCAUGCGUUUGCUCUUUGAAAUCUCACAUCUGAGAGCCGCAACUCCAGCUACAGUGUCCAGGGCAGGAAUUCUCUAUGUUAACCCACAAGACAUUGGCUGGAGCUCUCUUGUGACAAGUUGGAUGGACACCCGGCAGGCCCAAUCAGAGAGAGCGAAUCUCCCCAUUUUAUUUGAAAAGUAUGUGCCUCACUGCUUGGAGCAGGUCCGCUGCAACCUGAAAACCAUCACUCCCAUCCCAGAAACCAGCAUGGUUCAGAUGCUUUGCUCUCUGUUGGACUGCCUGUUGACAGAGGACAACACUCCUGCUGACUCUCCACGAGAACUUUAUGAACUUUACUUUGUCUUUGCCUGUGUCUGGGCCUUUGGAGGAGCUCUCUUCCAGGAUCAUCUAAAUGACCAUCGCGCAGAAUUUAGCCGCUGGUGGUCCAAAGAAAUGAGAGCAGUGAAGUUUCCUUCCCAGGGUACCGUCUUUGACUAUUUUAUUGACUCCAAGACUAAAAAACUGACACCCUGGAGAGAAAAGUUGAUGCCAUUUGAGUUGGAGCCUGAUGUCCCACUACAGACGCUGCUGGUUCACACACCCGAAACCAUCUGUCUCACCCACUUCAUUGACCUGUUGAUUCAAAAAGGCAAACCCAUCAUGUUAGUGGGAAACGCUGGAGUGGGCAAAACCAUAGUGGUGUCGGAUACAGUUUCCAAGUUGAAGGACGACUACAUGGUGGCAAAAGUGCCCUUUAACUACUACACCACAUCAGCUAUGCUUCAACGUGUGCUGGAGAAACCUUUAGAGAAGAAAGCUGGUCGCACAUUCGCUCCUCCUAUUGGCAAAAGACUCAUCUAUUUCAUAGACGACCUCAAUAUGCCUGAGGUGGACCGUUACGGUACAGUGCAGCCGCACACACUAAUCCGCCAGCACCUUGAUUAUAGCCACUGGUAUGACAGACAAAAGUUGGCACUUAAGGAAAUACACAACUGCCAGUAUAUCACCUGCAUGAACCCAACUGCUGGAAGCUUCUCCAUCAACCCCAGACUGCAGAGGCAUUUCUCAGUGUUUGCAGUUCAUUUCCCAAAUGCCGAUGCCUUGGCCACCAUCUUCUCCAGCAUCUUAUCAGCUCACUUCCUUCAGGGAGGUUUCAGCUACGGUGUCUCUCGUUCAGUUGACGCUCUUGUACAGGCAGCAAUCUGUUUGCACCAAAAGAUCAGCCAGAACUUCCUCCCUACAGCCAUUCGCUUCCACUAUAUUUUCAACCUGCGAGACCUGUCCAACAUAUUUCAGGGCAUCCUCUUUGCUCUACCAGAAAGCGUUCGUUACCCUCUUGACUUGGUCCAUUUGUGGCUCCAUGAGAGCUCCAGGGUCUACUCAGACAAACUCAUGGAAGAAAACGAUGUGGAACUCUUCAACAAAAUUCUUCUGGACACUGGUAAAAGAUACUUUGAGGGAAUAGAUGACUCCAUCUUUUUACACCAACCUUUGGUUUACUGUCACUUCUCCCAGGGAGUGGGUGAACUGCGCUAUCAUCAGAUCUCCGACUGGGAAAAGCUCCAGAAGACACUUACUGAUGCCCUGGAGCACUAUAACGAGCUGCAUGCAGUCAUGGACCUGGUACUGUUUGAAGAAGCCAUCCAGCAUGUGUGUCGAAUCAGUCGCAUCUUGGAAGCCCCUUAUGGAAAUGCCCUCUUGGUGGGGGUCGGGGGGAGUGGGAAACAGAGUCUAUGCCGACUGGCUGCCUUUCUCAGCUCGCUGGAGGUCUUUCAGAUCACGCUGCGUAAAGGAUACGGCAUCAAUGACCUCAAGAGUGACAUAGCAGCUUUAUACAUAAAGGUUGGAGUGAAGAACAUUGGGACAGUUUUUCUCCACACAGAUGCACAGAUUCCAGAUGAGCGUUUCUUGGUGCUCAUCAAUGACAUGUUGGCUUCAGGGGACAUUCCUGACUUAUUUAGUGAAGAGGAAGCUGAUAUGAUAGUGACUUCAAUCCGGAUGGAACUUAGAGGAUUAGGACUGCCUGAUAGCAGAGAAAACUGCUGGAGCUUUUUCAUUGAGAGAAUAAGAAGACAGCUCAAGGUAGUUUUGUGUUUUUCACCAGUGGGAUUUACUUUGCGCACGCGUGCACGCAAGUUUCCUGCUCUGGUUAACUGCACUGCCAUAGAUUGGUUUCACCCCUGGCCUCAGCUUGCUCUUCAGUCUGUCAGCUCUACCUUUAUAGAAAAGAUCCCUGGACUAGAGCCCACAGUGAGGGCGUCUAUUAGCGAGUUCAUCUCUUAUGCCCACACCAGCGUCAACGAGGUGAGCGUCAAGUAUCAGCAGAAUGAAAAACACUUCAACUACACCACCCCAAAGAGCUUCCUGGAGUUUAUGAAGCUAUAUGACAACCUGCUGAGGCAGAAACGCACUGAGCUCACCCAGAAGAUGGACAGACUGGAAAACGGCCUGCAGAAGUUGCUCAAUACUGCAUCACAGGUUGAGGAUCUCAAAGCCAAGUUAGCAGUGCAGGAGGUGGAGCUGUACCAGAGGAACCAUGAUAUUGAAGCACUCAUUGCUAAAAUAGGACAGCAGACAGACAAGGUCAACCAAGAGAGGGCUGUGGCUGAUGCUGAGGAGCAAAAGGUAGCAGCAAUUCAAGCUAGUGUCACCAAACAGCAGCAGGACACUGAGGCGGACUUAGCCAAGGCCGAACCAGCCCUGCAGGCAGCUAAUGCUGCCCUUAACACGCUAAACAGGCUCAAUUUGACAGAGCUACGGACAUUUCCUAAUCCUCCAAUAAUCGUGGCGAACGUCUCAGCCGCUGUUCUGGUGUUGCUGUCUCCCCAAGGCCGGAUCCCAAAGGAUCGCAGCUGGAAAGCCUCCAAAGUGGUUAUGAGCAAGGUGGAUGACUUCCUGCAGGCUCUAGUGAACUUUGAUAAAGAAAACAUUCCCAAGGCUACAGUCAAGUGUGUGAAAGAUGAAUACCUCAGUGACCCGGAAUUCAACCCUGAGUUUGUGCGACAAAAGUCCUCAGCUGCUGCCGGCCUCUGUGCCUGGGUGAUCAACAUCAUAAACUUCCACGAGGAACUCCGUGAAGUGGAGAUGAAGCGGAUGUGUCUGGCUCAGGCAAAUGCAGACUUGGCUGAAGCUGCAGAAAAGCUCGGGGUUAUUAGGAAAAAACUAGCUGAGCUGGAUGGUAAUCUGGAAACUUUGACAACAGCCUUUGAGAAAGCCACAGAGGAGAAGCUUUGCUUUCAGGAUGAAGUCAAUCGCACCAACAAGACAAUAGAACUGGCCAAUCGUCUGGUGAAGGGACUGGAGAGUGAGAAUGUGCGCUGGGCCCACUCAGUGGCCCAGUACCAUGAACAAGAAGAAACUCUCUGUGGUGAUCUCCUCCUCACUGCAGCUUUCAUCUCUUAUGCCGGCUCUUUUUCUAAGAAGUACAGGAUUGAGCUCCUGGACAACAUGUGGAUGCCGUUCCUACGCAACCAGAAGGUCCCCAUUCCUAUGACAGGAGAUGUGGAUCCAGUGUCGAUUCUGACCGAUGGUGCCACAGUGGCACAGUGGAACAACGAAGGAUUGCCAGGAGACAAAAUGUCCACUCAGAACGCUACCAUUCUCAUUAACUGUGAGCGCUGGCCUCUCCUCAUUGACCCCCAACUUCAAGGCAUCAAGUGGAUCAAGAAUCGCUAUGGUAACCGCCUUAAGGUUGUCAGUCUAGGACAAAAAGGGUAUGUAGACGUCAUUGAACAGGCCGUGGUGGCAGGUGACCCUGUUCUCAUCGAGAACCUGGAGGAGACAAUCGAUCCAGUCAUUGACCCUCUGCUAGGGCGGCACACCAUCAAGAAGGGCAGCUGUAUAAAGGUUGGGGACAAAGAGUGUUUCUUCAACCCAGAAUUCAGGCUUAUUCUUCACACCAAGUUGGCCAACCCACACUACAAGCCAGAGAUUCAAGCCCAGACCACCCUCAUUAACUUUACUGUGACUAGAGAUGGGUUGGAGGACCAGCUACUGGCCCAAGUAGUGAAUCAGGAGAGGCCAGACCUUGAGCUGUUAAAGAGCGAAUUGACUAAACAGCAGAACAUGUUCAAGAUCGAUCUGAAGCUCUUAGAGGACGAGCUGCUCACCCGGCUUUCUGCGGCAGAGAGCAACUUCCUCGGUGACAACAUGCUGGUUGAGAAACUAGAGACUACGAAGCACACUGCAGCCGAAAUAGAGAUGAAGGUUCUAGAGUCAAAGGUAAAUGAGGUCAAGAUUAAUGAAGCAAGAGAACACUACCGUCCUGUCGCUGUGAGAGCUUCCCUGCUGUACUUCAUCAUGAACGAUCUCAACAAGAUCAACCCCAUGUACCAGUUCAGCCUCAAGGCCUUCAACGUUGUUUUCCACAAAGCGGUGGAGCAGGCAGAACCCUGUGAGGACGUAAAGGGCAGAGUAAACAUCCUCAUAGACAGUGUUACGUUUUCCACUUUUAACUACAUCAGCAGAGGACUGUUUGAGAGAGACAAGCUCACCUUUGCAGCACAGCUAACCUUCCAGUUGCUCUUGAUGAACAAGGAAAUAGAUGUGCGAGAGCUUGACUUCCUGCUACGCUUCAACAUUGAUCACAGCUACAUCAGCCCACUUGACUUCCUCUCUAACUCAGCAUGGAGCGCCAUCAAGGUGAUGAGUUUCACUGAUGAGUUCCGUGGUCUGGAUCAGGACAUCGAAGGCUCGCCAAAGCGCUGGAAGAAACUGAUCGAGUCUGAGUGUCCAGAGAAGGAAAGGUUUCCACAGGAGUGGAAGGGGAAGAGUUCCCUGCAGAAACUGAUCAUGAUAAGAGCUCUGAGACCAGACCGCAUGACAUAUGCACUCAGAAACUUUGUGGAAGAGAAGCUUGGAGUGAAGUACACAGAGGGCCGAAAGACCGACUUUGCAAAAUCCUUCAAAGAAAGCGGUCCGGCCUCUCCGGUGUUUUUCAUCCUCUCACCUGGAGUCGAUCCACUGAAGGACGUGGAGUCACUGGGAAGGAAGUUGGGUUUCACAAUAGACCUUGGGAAGCUUCACAACGUGUCUCUGGGUCAGGGGCAGGAAACUGUGGCAGAGGUUGCAAUGAAGAAAGCUGCUAAAGAGGGUCACUGGGUUAUAUUACAGAACAUUCACCUGGUUGCUCGCUGGCUGGGUGCACUUGAGAAGCUGCUGGAGCGCUGCUGCGAGGACAGUCAUCCUGACUACAGAGUAUUCAUGAGUGCUGAGCCAGCAUCUUCUCCACAAGGUCACAUUAUACCACAGGGAAUUCUGGAAAAUGCCAUCAAAAUCACCAAUGAACCUCCUACAGGCAUGCAUGCCAAUUUGCAUGCUGCUUUGGAUAACUUUGACCAAGAAAUCCUGGACCAGUGCAGCAGGGAGCAGGAGUUCAAGACCAUCCUCUUCUCCCUGUGUUACUUUCACGCCUGUGUGGCUGAGAGGAGGAAGUUUGGGCCUCAGGGUUGGAACAGAAAGUAUCCCUUCAACACUGGAGACCUUACCAUUUCCGUCAAUGUCCUCUACAAUUACCUGGAAGCCAACGCUCAGGUGCCAUGGGAGGACCUGCGCUAUCUGUUUGGGGAGAUCAUGUAUGGAGGACACAUCACGGAUGACUGGGAUAGACGCCUCUGCAGAACCUACCUGGAAGAGUACAUGAAUCCAAACCAGUUUGACCGGAAGCUCUCUUUGGCACCUGGAUUUGUCGUCCCGUCUAAUCUAGACUACCAGGGGUACCACAAUUUCAUAGAUGAGAUGCUGCCACGUGAAAGCCCAGUGCAUUAUGGGUUGCACCCUAAUGCAGAAAUUGAGUUCCUAACAGUGACGUCAGAUAAGCUUUUCCACAUUCUGCUGGAGAUGCAGUCUCCUGAUGCUGUAAUGGGGGAAGGCGUUUCUCAGACUCUGGAAGAGAAGGUAAAAAGUAUUUUAGAUGAAGUUCUGGAAAAGCUGCCGGAGCAGUACAACAUGUCUGACAUUACGUCCAAAACUGCUGAAAGGUCGCCAUACAUCCUAGUCUGCUUUCAAGAGUGUGAGCGCAUGAACAUGCUCACCUGUGAGAUUCGCCGCUCACUCAAGGAGCUUGACCUGGGCCUUAAGGGUGAACUGGCCAUGUCCUCUGAGAUGGAGAAGCUGCAGACAGCCUUGUUCUUUGACAAUGUUCCUGAUACCUGGACCAAACUGGCCUACCCAUCUACCUACAGCCUGGCUAUAUGGUUUAAUGAUGUGAUGCAGCGCUGCAAAGAGCUGGACAGCUGGACACAGGACUUGUCUCUGCCCAGUGUUGUCUGGUUAUCUGGAUUGUUCAACCCACAGUCUUUUCUCACUGCUGUGAUGCAGUCUCUAGCUCGUAAGAAUGAGUGGCCUCUGGACAAAGUGAAUCUCACAGUGGAUGUGACCAAGAAGUUUAAAGAGGAGUUCAACCAACCUGCCAGGGAGGGGGCAUAUGUGUACGGACUUUAUAUGGAAGGUGCAAGAUGGGACACUCAAACAGGGGUCAUCACAGAGGCGCGCCUCAAAGAGUUGACUCCCACCAUGCCUGUUAUUUCCGUCCGAGCUGUCCCCAACGACCGCCAGGAGACGAGAAAUAUCUACGAGUGUCCGCUCUACAAAACUAAAAUCAGGGGACCCACAUACGUCUGGACUUUUAAUCUGAAAACCAAGGAGCGACCGGCCAAGUGGGUGCUGGCUGGAGUGGCCCUUCUGCUCAGUGUGUGACUGAACUGGAUGAAGAGUUACAGUUUCAUGCCUGUUUUUACAAAAUGUUACAGCAGUGCAAUCAGACGCCUCU